AUGGACACUGCAUCAUUCCCGGGUCCGAUCGGCGAAGGGAAAUCCGACGGCAACGCCACGGAAGUCUCGGCAGCGGCACAUGCAUGGCGACUCGAAAAGCGACGAUCCAAGUAUGUCAAGGCGAGGCAAUUCCUUGAAGAGCAGUACGCAGAGACGGGUGUUGAAUGCCCUGUCCGGUCACUCGAAGGCUUGACGUUCGCAACGUGGAAAGACUUUCACGAUUUGCUGCACGAGUACAUGAAGGAGACGAACCAAACGUACAUCUCGCGCGACUCCAAGACGACUGUGCGGUACAACGCCGAGCAGAUCAGGCGUAAGGUCAAGCAGUUUGCGCCUGUGCCUGUUGAGUUCACGCAUGCCCGCAUCCGGUUCGAUUGCAAGCAUUCGCACUCGAACAUGUCGAAGAACAUGAACUUGUUCGAGACGAAAGAAGCGGUCGUCGACGGCGCCUCCACCGCAGGUGCUGUCGACAAUGCAAAUGACGAUGCCACGUUCGUGCCUGCAAACCCCAAGCGGAAAGCGCGCGACGGUGCAUUUUACAGCGCCUGUCCUGUCAAGAUGCACGUGCAGGUUCACAAGGUCCCGUCAUCCCUCGUGGACGAGUGGCGCGUCGUCGUCACCAAGCACGUGCAUGUGCACAACCACGACUUGGGCACAGGGCUUUUUACCGACCCAUUGCAAGACCUGUCGGCACACACGCUGCCGCAACUUCUCGGUCCCCAUCGAACGUUGACAAGUGGGGCCCUUCCUUUGCAUCUGGAUGAGUCCAAACGGCAUCGCGCGUUCAGCGACUUGUUUGAGUUUUUCGCAGCGUACCAAUCAUCACGGUAUGUGGCAUGGUGA